AUUAGUUCUCUCGCAACUGAUACAAAGUGAUGAUGUUAUCGUUAACAAUAACGUACAUUUUGGCCGCUGCGGUAGCGGGCAUAUAUUUUUUCCAAAAAUGGAUCUAUUCAUACUGGGAACGAAGGGGUGUGGAAUACAUCGAACCUGAAUUAUUUUUCGGGAAUGUCAGAGAGAUGAUCCUGAGAAAAACUUUCAGUGGAGAUCUGUUCAAGAGAUUUUACGAUGACCUGAAAUCUAGGAAAGUCAAGUAUGGUGGAAUAUACGCCUUUUUUUCGCCAGUUUUCAUUCCUAUUGACCUAAAUCUAGUCAAAAGCAUAAUGCUGAAAGAUUUCCACCAUUUUGUGAACCGCGGAGGAUACGUGAAUGAGAAAGCAGAUCCAUUAUCGGGUCAUCUCUUCAGUUUGGAAGACGAGAAAUGGAGGAAUCUCCGGGCAAAGCUGACACCCACUUUCACAUCAGGAAAACUGAAGAUGAUGUUUCAAACCUUAGUGGCCUGCACUUCCGGCCUUGAAGACAUCCUAAGUGAGCACUCGAUCCUCCAAGAUGCAGUGGAUAUCAAAGAAGUGUCCGCUAGAUUUACAACCGACGCGAUUGGUUCAGUUGCUUUCGGAAUCGACUGCAACAGUCUGAAGAACCCAGACUCAGAGUUUCGGCAGUGGGGAAGGAGAAUAUUCAAAGGAAGCAUUAGGGGACAAAUCAAGGCACUCAUGUUAAUGACGCUUCCUAAUAAGUUCUUGCAUGCUAUAGGUUUCAAACUGACCAACAAGACAACCGAAGAUUUUCUGAUGAAUAUGGUUAGGAAAACGGUGGAUUACAGAGAAAAGAAUAACAUAUAUAGGAAAGACUUCAUGCAUUUAUUGCUGCAGUUGAAAAACAGGGGCAAAGUCACCGACGAUGCAAAUAUUACAAAGGAAGAGGAGAAGAACAAAGGCUCAGAUACUUUGUCUUUCAAUGAAGUUGCAGCGCAGUGUCUCGUGUUCUUUAUAGCAGGAUUUGAAACAUCCGCCACAACUAUGACUUUUGCUUUGCUUGAACUGUCCCUCAACCAGGAUAUACAAGACAGAUUGAGACAGGAAAUCAAUAUGGUUCUGAAGAAGCACGAUAUGCAGUUCACUUAUGAUUCUGUUAUGGAGAUGAAAUACCUGGAGAAAGUUAUUGAUGAGACUCUCCGUAAACAUUCAGCAGCUACAGUCCUUAGGAGAGUUUGUAAGAAAGCUUAUACUAUUCCCGGUACCAACGUAGUACUAGACGAAGGAACUGCAGUGAAUAUUCCAGUCCUAGGAAUCCAUCGGGAUCCAGAAUACUACCCCGAACCGGAUAAGUUCGAUCCAGAGAGAUUCAAUGAGGAGAACAGAGCUAGAAGACACCCUUUUGCCUAUAUGCCAUUUGGGGAAGGACCUAGAAUAUGCAUAGGGGCCAGAUUUGGACUAUUGCAAACUAAAAUUGGAAUUGCUGCUAUUAUCAAAAAUUUCAAAGUCACUUUGAAUGAAAAAACGAAGACCCCAAUAAGGUACUCCCCGUCUGCUAGGAUCACAGGAGUCGACGGGGAAGUUUGGUUGAACGUAACGAAAAUUCAAUAAAGUUGACACGACAUAGUUUCAUUACCCCACUGAGGACCAGAUUGUCAGGGAUCAGUUCUCGUUGUCCACAACCAAAUAAGACACAUAAAAGAAUAAUCAUUUUUUAGUAGUUAUGAUUUUUGCAUAGAUCUGUAUAGAUCACUUCAGGAAAAUCAUCAGAUAAUGAAGAAAAAUAUUGAUAUUUUUAUUGUUUUCCACUGUAUGCUACUCUUUAUUUCUUCGUCAACAAUACACAGUAAUUUUUUCUAGUAGUCUAGCUAUACAAUAAAGCAAUUUUUGUUUCUGUUCCACAUUUACCUCAGCA